GUCGUAAUGUCAUUUGGACUGUCGAGAUUAUAUAUAAGAGCUUUCACCUUCAAUUGUUGCUCGCAGCCAGGUUUAGGUUCUAGUUUUAGCAUAUGUCUGCAAUAUCAUCAUAACUCUCAGCAUGACUACCCCAACCUCGAAUGGGGAUCCGAAUGGAUCUCAUCACCAUGGAGAUGGAACACUCUCAAAGCUUGCUCAAUUUCUUAAUGUCGUACGCCGCGACAUUGUGAGUCAAGGAACUCACAUUAAAUCCGACCUGGGGCUAGCCGUUGGGGCUGGCGAGGCACUCCUCUCCGGAGGCGAGGUCAACGAUCGCAAGUAUCUUGUUGAGCGUGUCAUACAGCUGGCCGCCUCGCUGCCAAACGACUCUAAGCUGAGAAGUGAUCUCAACGCAAAGUUCAUCGGAACACUGUGGCGAAAUCUCCAACAUCCUCCAAUCUCCUACUUAGGUGAUGAAUUUCGGUACCGCUCUGCCGAUGGUUCUAAUAACAACUUCAUGUAUCCCCAGCUUGGGGCAUCGGGGAGUCACUAUGCGCGAACUGUAAAGCCCAUGUAUCGGCAGGCGGUCGAACUCCCUGAUCCUGGGGUUAUAUUCGACAGCCUGCUGGCUCGAGGAGACGUGGUGAAGGAGCACCCAGCCAAGGUUUCUAGUUCUCUCCUCCACUUCGCAACUAUCAUCAUCCACGACUUGUUCCAUACAAAUUCACAGGAUGUCACGAGGACCCAAACCUCUUCGUAUCUGGAUCUUGGGCCCUUGUACGGCCAUAAUGAGGAACAGCAGAAGAUGAUACGCACCUUUAAAGACGGGCUUUUGAAGAAAGAUGCUUUCUCCGAGCCCAGGAUCCUGGGCCAACCUCCUGGCGUUGGUGCCCUCCUUAUCAGCUUCAAUCGCUUUCACAACUAUAUUGCGGGGCAACUGGCUGAGAUAAACGAACGUGGGCGUUUCAGCAUUCCCUCUGCAAUGGCUCAGGAUUCUCCCGAAUAUAGUGCCGCUCAAACCAAGCGCGACAACGAUCUCUUCCAGACUGCUAGGCUCAUUACUUGUGGCCUAUAUGUCAACGUGAUCAUUGGGGACUACUUACGCACCAUUCUCAACCUGAACCGCAACCCAGUUCAUUCAGACUGGAAACUGGAUCCUCGCGAGGAUUUCAAUGACAUCUUCGAUCAAGAAGGUGUCCCAAAAGGUAUCGGCAAUCAAGUCAGCGUUGAGUUCAACAUGAUCUACCGCUGGCACAGUGCCAUCAGCGCCGAGGAUGAGCGUUGGACCGAGGACGCCUUCAAACGGCUAUUCGGUCCUGACGUGGACUGGGACACGCUAUCCGUCGAUGAGCUACUGAUUGGCCUCAGGAAAAGGGGAAUCAAUCAGUCCGAUGAUCCUGGAGAGUGGGAUUUUAGUGGCUUCAAGCGGCAGGAGGAUGGAAGCUUCAAGGACGAGGACCUGGUUCAAGCUUUGCAGGAGGGAACGGACAACAUUGCUGGAGCCUUUGGUGCCCACAAUAUCCCACGCGUUCUCAGGGCGGUGGAAAUCCUGGGAAUCCAGCAGGGACGUCAGUGGGACCUCGCAUCUCUCAACGAGUUCAGAAAGUUCUGCAAGUUGAAGCCGUAUACAUCCUUUGCGGACAUAAAUCCUGAUCCAAAGGUGGCCGAAGCCUUGGAAAGUCUCUACGAGCAUCCCGACAACGUCGAGCUCUACCCUGGUAUCUUAUCAGAGGCCACGAAAGAAGGGAUGGCUCCAGGCUCUGGGCUAUGUCCAGGCUUCACCACUUCGUUCGCCAUCCUGUCUGAUGCAGUCGCUCUUGUACGAGGAGAUCGGUUCUACACUGUCGACUACAGCCCGAGCAAUCUGACCGCUUUUGGGUAUGCCGAAGUUGAUUCGGACUAUGAUGUCGCGGGUGGUGGAGUCAUGUACAAGUUGCUUAUGAGAGCGUUCCCCGCGUGGUACCGUGCGAACAGCGUCUAUGCGCUGUACCCCUUCACAACCCCUGAAGGCAUCAAGGAGACAUUCAGCAGCCAGGUGAACGCACCGGACGUCAGCUACGAUAAGCCUCUCUUCGUCGGGCCUCCUACGCCAGUUCUGUCUUGGGUGGGUGUCACUAACACACUGGCUGAUCAGGCGGAGCUCCAUGUACCUUGGGGCCCGCAUAGCUUCCAGCUCACUCAGCACGACUAUAUGCUGAGCGGUGACAGCGCUAAGAAUGCUGAGCAGAGGACGUAUGUGAACAAGUGCCUGUACAGCCCGGAGGAUGGCAUCGCUCAGGUCCGUCGGUUCUACGAGGCGACCACCGCCAGAUUCAUCAAGCAGAACAGCCGCAAGGUUGGCAAAUCGUAUCAACUUGAUAUCGUGCGAGAUGUGGGCAAUCUCGUGCACUCGGCCUUCUGCAGCAACUUUUUCGGUAUUCCCCUGCGCGGCCACGGAGGCAAGGACGAUAGUUACACUGAAGCCUCUCUUGCAGAGACACUGGGUAAUCUGUUCUCUUAUGUCUUUCUCGACCUCGACACGGCUCAGUCUUACAAGAGACGAGUCGUGGCUUUCAGACAGACACAGAAGCUCGGUCAGGUCAUGCAGAAGAUUGUCACAGACGUCAAGAACAAGAAACGCUCUGUCUUGUGCCCGGCGAAGGGCACCGAGAACUUUCUGGAGAGCUACGGUCCCCAUCUAAUAGAGCGACUGCUUGAAUCUGCUGGAGGAUCAGUUGAUGAUACCGUCUGGACGAUCAUCCCGACUGCGGCUGCUUCGUCGGCUACUCAAGGCCAAGGCUGGGGACAGAUGAUUGAUCUGUACUUGUCAGACAAGUACUUCGUGCAUUGGCCUGCAAUUCAGGAGCUUGCACUGUCCGAUGAUCCCGAGGAUUUCAAUAAGCUCAGAAGAUAUGCUCUGGAAGGCUUCCGUCUUUGCACGCCCGCCUUCGGCCUCGUGAGGAAUGCUGUCGCGGACAAUGUCCAGAUUACGGACGGUCCUCGCACCGAAUCGGUGGGCAAAGGUGAUACCGUGUUCGCCGACUUCAUCACGGCGGGUCGCGACCCUGCCAAGUUUCCAGACCCCGAGGAGAUCAAGCUAGACCGCCCUGACAGCAGCUACAUCCACCAUGGCUGGGGUCCGCACGCUUGCCUUGGUCGGGAGAUUGUCACCGAGGCUGGUGCCAGUAUGCUUCGCGUCUGUGCCAAGUUGGUGAACUUCCGGCGGGCUGCUGGCUCGGCUGGGGAGAUGAAGGCUACGCUCGUUAAUGGUGCCUUCAAGAGGUUCCUCUCAGAAGACGGCAGCCAGUGGGGCCCGUUCCCUGUCAACAAGCAAGUCGUCUUCGAUGACUUUGGGCCUAUUUAGUGAUGUCAGAGACGGGCGACGAGCGAGAUUGCUCUGAGCAGGAGGUCCUCCGGACUGGAAGACUGUUAAUACGGG